AUGCUGAAUAUACCCAUUGUUACACAAAACAAUGGCGGCCAUGUCGCCUGGAAACCCUGGUUGGAUGAUGGCACUAUUUUUCGUCACGCCUCUUUGGAACUCAAUGGCGAAGACGCCGCUUUCUCCUUGUUUAGAUCAUUCCAUAACGACGUGUCUCCUAUAGCCACCAGAGACCAUACACCGACGAUUGUUCUUGGAGAAUCCGACGUUUCGCCCUGCCGUUUCCCCUUUGAGUGGCUGCUUUAUGGUCAUUGUCCGUUAGGUUUCAAAUCCAAGCAUCAUUCCACCAGAAACAAAAAUUCGAAAAUUGAAGAUUGCACAUUGACACUCAAAAAGUUCUCCAGAUCUAUGCUAACUGAGCCGGUAGAUGUUUUUGGUCAAUGGAUAUGCAUAGAAGGCACAAUCAUAUCAAAGAUUUGGCUACUUGCAAUGGCAAUUGAAGGCUUCUCUUGA